UAAGAUUUAUGAUAGGCUCUUUUAAAUCUACAAACGAAAUAAGUAUUUUUUCGCGCAUUGCAUUAUCGCACAUGACUGUACAACAGUCCAUACAAAUAAAAUAGGUCACUGUUGACUUAGCAACGACUAUUGAUUCAACAACCUAUUCCUUUCAUUUGAGAACAGUUGUAUUUGCCACACGGUCGCUAUGUUGUCGCGUCGGGACAAGCUGUACGUUCAGCCCUGGGAAGAGAGGAGGUUCCAGGAUCAUAGAUCAAAGGUCCGCUCGGCGCUCCCAGCCAUAGACGACCGCCCCCCGCCCCCGCGCGCCCACGUCGCCGUCAAACUCAAGAAGUACCAACGCGAAGCCGACCGCGCGCGUAAGAUAGAGCAAGACAACUACAGCCUGCUGCAGCGGCUCUCUUCUAUCAUGAGGACUAAGCGGCUUGAUAAUUGCUGGGAGACGCCGCUACCCAAUUUUCGUCACAAAGUGGGCAUGUUCUACGAAGAAGACGCGCUGAGCGGGCGGCUGGCGGCGCGGGCUUGUUCACACGUUUCCCAAGAUUCCUCCCACACGGGACACGUUAAAUGCUUCGCCUGCUACCAGAAGAGGAAAACCGUGCUUCAGUUGAAUAAGGUGUACGGCACACCCUCCUCUUCCUCUACCCUGCCUUCUAUCUGACUGAUUAUUUAAAAUAAAAACAAUAUUAAAUAUAA